GUUCAUUGCCAGGUGGGAAAGCUAUUAAGUAGUUCGCAUUUUGCUUUUUUCUUUUUUUUUGGCAAAGUGUUUCGCUUCGUCUUACAUCCAUACCAAUACGGUGUUUACAACUCUAGUGUAAAAAAGUCGAUCUAACGUAAAGGUAUAAAAUGGCAAGAGUAAGCGGUAUGGUUAUUGUUGUUUCUUUGGCAGUUCUUUUUUGCGCCAACGUUGCUGAUGCCUUUAGCAAAUAUGGCAGGGGAUGCAAGGAUAUCAGCUGCUUCCCGAACGAGGAAUGUGUAAUGGCCAAUAACCCAUGCAUACCGGGUGUCAUAGGUAAAUGUGGUCUCUAUCCAACUUGCCAAAAAAAAAGCCAACCAGAAAAACCUGAAGCAGUGCCAGAAAUACCUCCUGAGCAUCAUAAUUUAUUGAAAAAUUCUGCUAAGACUCACCAUGGCAUAGAUUUGGAAGCUAUCGACGAUUUUGAGCUAGAACUUGACAACUUCAAUCAGAAACAAACGGCGUCUCAGAAGAUGGAGUAAAGAAUUUCGGGUUUAAUCUACAGAAGAGACAUUGCACAACUACUGAUCAUCAACUACUGAUCAUCAGCUGU